GGCAAGUCCGGCGCCGACAUCAUGCGCGAGGUGCUGAGCCUGGGCGCCGGCCGGCCGGACGCCGCCGUCGACAACGCCAAAGAGUGCCAGGAGAAGGAGGAGGGCCGCUCCAAGUUCUACGUGUGGGUGGACACGGAGGGCCGCGACCACGCCGAGGACGGCCUGGCGGACGGCCUGGCGGACCACUGCAAGGACGACUUCAACCACUACGAGAUGAUCCGGGACCCCAUCUACGAGGAGAUCCACGUCCACGACGACCAGGAUGACGACGUGCCGCCGCCGCUGCCGCUGUCGCCGCCGCCGCUCGAAGACAAGAUGGCCUGCUGCAGGUCCAUCUUCGAGGGCGCCUCCAAGGACGACAUCCUGAGCUACCUGGUGGACGCGCGCGAGCGCGGCAUCGUGCCGGCCUCCUCGGAGGAGAUGUACUUCGGCGGCAGCGGCAGCUCGACGGGGCUGUGCGACGAGGCGGAGGAGAUGGACUCGGAGGACUCGCAGCCGCAGCACUCGCGGCAGACCUCGCUGGACCUGACGGAGCUCAGCUCGCGCGUGUCACAGCUCAGCAACACGAGCGACUCCAGCGAGGACUCCGUCACCCUCAUCGCCAGCGACGCGCACGACGACAGCAAGGUGCGGCGCGCCGCGGCGGACAUCGAGCGUAACGACUCUGGCGUGGGCUCGGAGACGUCGCGGACCUCGAGGGCGCGGUGGCAGCAGCUGCCCGCGGACCAGCGCGACCAGCGGCACGGCUGCGAGGACUGCGAGAUGCCCGUGGAGACGCAGGUCACCGACAGUGGACUCAUGUUCGCGCCGCUGGUGUGCCGCAAGUGCGCCAAGCGGCGGCUGGAGCGUCGCGAGAUCAUCCAGGAGAUCGUGGAGACGGAGGAGAAGUUCUCCGGGGACCUGCGCAUUCUGCUGGAGGAGUUCUACAAGCCCAUGCUCGUGGCUGGUCUCCUCGCUCGGGAGCAGCUGUCCGCCAUCUUCCUGAACGCGGAGGAGCUGCAGGCGCACGCGACUGCCCUGGCGGAGCGGCUGCGCGACUCCCUGGAGAUGGCCGUGGAGCAGGGCGACGACGACCUCCUGUCCGUGGACAUCGGCCGCCUCUUCCUCGCCGCCACCCCCAUGCUGCGCGCCUUCGAGCACUACUGCACCAGACAGGCCGCCGCCUCGCUGCUGUUGGCCAGCCUGGAGAAGGAGAAAGAGUUGCUGCGGAUCUUCCUGAGAGUGUCGCAGAUGGAGAACGCCGUGCUCCGUAGGAUGAACCUCAACUCCUUCCUGAUGGUGCCGGUGCAGCGAGUGACCAAGUACCCGCUGCUGCUCGCGCGACUGUACAAGGUGACGCCCUGCUCGCACCCCGCCAAGGAGCUGCUGCUGCAGGCCCAGCACCACAUCGAGCUGCACCUGGAGCACAUGAACUCGGUGGCCAAGGACAUCAGUUCGACCAAGCUCUGGAGACGCAUCACCAUCACCAACGGACGGCGGGCGGGGGCUGAGUCCGACAUGGUGAACAUCAAGCUUCGCAAGAUGGCGGUGGAGGUGCUGGAGUGGACGCAGGACGUGAGCUUCCCCAUGGAGGGCCGACUGCUGUUCGCGCAGCCCGCCGACUCGAGCUGGCGCGCGGCCGCCGUCAAGAUGAGCCCCGUGAGCGCGCUGCUGGUGACCCACGGCCACCCGUCGGCGGACUCCCCCAUGGACGCGCCCCUCCACUUCCCCGCCCACUCGGGGGUGCGCGCGGCCACGCUGCUGCUGCUCAAGGAGAAGUGCGGCAGAUACUCGCUGCUCAGGGACCCCUUGUUCCUGGACAAGUGCAUGGUGUGCUGCGAGGUGGAGUGGGACGACUACUUCGAAGUGCAAGAGCUUGCAACCAAAGAUUCCUUCGUAUUUAAGGCGGAGGACGCCGAGCGGACGCGAACCUGGUACCGGCAGCUGCAGCUGCACGCGCAGGGGCUGGGCUCGUGGCGGAAGCGGCGGAACGCGCUGGCCAACAUCAUGAUCAACGGCAUGCAGCUGCGGAGCUAGGACUGCACUUACAGUGCCUCUGCGCCUACAGUGCCGGUGCACCUACAGUGCUGCUGCGCCUACAGUGCCGCUGCACCUACAGUGCCUCUGCACCUACAGUGCCGCUGCACCUACAGUGCCGCUGCACCUACAGUGCCGCUGCACCUACAGUGCCGCUUCACCUACAGUGCCGCUGCUGCUGCGCCUACAGUGCCGCUGCACCUACAGUGGCGCUGCACCUACAGUGCCGCUGCACCUAUAGUGCCGCUUCACCUACAGUGCCGCUGCUGCUGCGCCUACAGUGCCGCUGCACCUACAGUGCCGCUGCUCCUACAGUGCCGCUGCACAGUGCCGCUGCAGCGCGGCGGUUCAAGCCAGACAACUAGUCCAGGGUGCCAACUAGAGGCGCCUGCGCCCGGUGACGAGAGGGUGGCGUAGCUUUAAGACGACGGCGUCGGCCCGGCGCCGCCCCAGGCAAUGCCUCAGGCAAUCGGAACUGAAUCGGCGCCCGGCCGACGCCGUUCCGUAACUGACACUGUAUGUAAAACGAAAGAUUGUACCAGGUUUUUGAGCGUCUAACACUCCGAUAUAUGUUCCACGUUUCGAGGUUCGCGGCGGUGAAGUGGCCAAACGAGUCUUCCCGGCCCCUUUGGCACCCUCUUGGGUUGCCCUACUAACCCACAGUAAUCAUGCACUUUACUCAGGACUGUUUCCCAGAGCGAAAUUUACUCUUCUUCGCCAUCCGGCACGAGUUUGGCUCCGCCAGAUUGGAAGAAUGGGUGUGCACUUUGCAACAACUUUUUUCUCGGUUCCACUGUUAUCACUUAUCUUAUUUUUGACAUAGUGUCACGGAUGAAAUCUGAUGCAUCCUUCAUAUCCAAGAAGUGAAUCUCAGAAUAGUUUCUCUUCAGAGAAACAAUUCUGGUGCUUAGAUUCUCUAUAAUUCUAACCUUCUAGGUUACUGAUAAGACACUAACUGGCUCCUACUGAUCCAUAUUGCCGAACCUAAAGUGUUUUUUUUUCUGAGAAAGAAUGUUUUUGUGCCUAGUCGAAAAUGUCAAAUGUCCUCUUAGGCGACAUAACAGGCAAUUACCAGAUUACUAUUUCACCAUCAUAGAAGUGUUUUGUAGUAGUUGUAUCAAAUUUAUGUAAAUUUGCACAUUUUGUACAUAUAGGGAAAAAGUUGAAUGUAUUAACUCCUGUUGCUGUGAUAUUAAGCACCGGUUAAUUCGUUGCUUGAACAUUAUGAUGAAAGAGAGAGAGAGGUAAUAAUUUAUAUUUCUUAUAGUUGUGAGAUGGAAUGACUGCCCAUACGGCAAAAUUUAUUUACACGUUCUGUGGCGAGUAUGGAAUAUGUACAUAUAUAUGUAGCCGCAUUUUAGAGGUGACAUUGUUCUGUCCUCAAAAAUUGACCUCCGCGCUAUUUUUCAGAAAUAAAACCAUUUUGAAAAAUA